CUUUCUAAAACCCUUCAUCAUCUUUAAACCCUAAAAAACCAGGCACUUGUUUCCGAGUGCUCUCGCAGGGUUAUACUUAUUUUGCAUUAAUAUACAUAAUUAUAUUUUUGCAUAAGCUUUUUAUAUAAUUAUUAAUUUUCGCGCGCAGGGUUAUAAUUUUUAAUAUUUGUUUGCAUUUAUAUUCUAUAUAUUUGUGGCACAAGGUGUUUUUUUGUGGGCGGCGUUUUGUUUUGUUUCAGAUGGCAAUGGACGGAAGUUUCAGUUUGGAAUUUGCAGUGAAACGGUUUUUGUCGCGUUGUCCGGAGCUCGGGAAGAUUCAGAAGCUCAAUGAUCUUGUUAACAAGGGAGACAAGAUGACAGAAGAAGAAGUUAUAAAUUCAGUGGCAGAAUUAUUUUUGAACCCAAAUUAUACAAUUGCUUUGAUUGGGUGUUUUAGGCCAUUGGCUUACAAAAUCAUAGGUGAAGCUGUAUCAUUGCUCAGCCAGUUGAAUUUGACUUCUAAUUUUGGCGAGACAGUGGUAGACCCAAAAGAGUUUUUUAGUGCGGAUGCUGCUUAUAUUAUUGACUAUUUUGUUCAAAGUCAGAGGGCAUUGAUUCUUCAUGAGUUUGCAUGCCUAGCUUUCUGCCGUGCCAUUGAUUUAGAUCAUUCUUUAUUGGGGUCUGCGUUGACCUACUUCAAAUUUGCUCCUUCUCCUUUCGAACUCAUCUUGAAAGAGAGAAUACUUCCUGAGCGGUUUAAGCAGGAUGUAAAUCGUUGCUUAUUAACUGCACGUGUAUCUUUUCGUCUCCUCUGUAAGGAUCCAGAGUUGUUCUCUGUAAGAUGGGAUUGGUCCUGUUUUCUAGAGCUUGUAAAGAUAACUCUAGAUCAUGGUCCCAUCCAUGGUUCUCCAGAGGUAAUAUCAGACAUAAGAUGGUGCGGAAUUCAAAUAUUGCGCACCGCAUUAAAAAUGAGUGACAGAGCAAUUGAAAAUUUUGGUAUUGGAUCUGAAGAAGCAGCUUCGUGUUUUCUGCGGUGGAAGGAGUUCUGUAAAGAUGUAGAUAUAGAGAAGGCUGGCUUGUAUGUUGAAUCAUCUGAACAAUCAUUGCUGGGCUCUGUAAAUGGAGGAAUUCAUUUCAGUCAACAAAAUUUUCUCUUGCCUUGUGAUCAUAAUUCGCUUGCUUUCUUGCAUCAUUGUAAACAUGAACCAAUGAUUAAGAGUAGAAGGCUGGUUACAUGGAAUGAUAUAGCAGGAGGCAAUUCAUUUGUAAUGACAUCAACGAUGAAAAAAAGUUUUGAAAUGGUGCUCUUAGCUGUGAGUCAAAGGUGGCCCAUUCUUCUAUAUGGCCCUGCUGGUUCUGGGAAAACUGCUCUAAUUAGCAAGCUAGCUCAGGAUUCUGGGAUCCAAGUUCUUACCAUUCACAUGGAUGAACAAUUUGACGGCAAAGCAUUGAUUGGAACUUAUGUCUGUGCUGAGCAACCUGGUGAAUUUAGAUGGCAGCCUGGGUCACUUAUCCAGGCUGUUCUGAAUGGCUAUUGGGUUGUAUUUGAAGACAUUGACAAAGCACCAUCAGAUGUGCAAUCAAUCUUGUUGCCGUUACUGGAAGGUGCAAGCUUCUUCAUAACGAGUCAUGGGGAGGAAAUAAGAGUGCCAGAAAGCUUUCGGCUAUUUUCCACCAUUUCGACAUCAAAGAUUGAUGGAUUUUACAAUGCAGAAGGUGGAAAUUUACUUAGCAUUCUUUGGAGGAGAGUGAUGAUUGGGCUGCCAAAUACUGAUGACUUGCAGAAUAUUGUAAAAGCUUGGUAUCCUAAUCUAGAGCCUCUUGCUGGAAAACUUAUAGAAACUGUCGAACAAGUUAAUUUGGGCUGUCUGCGCCAUAUUUGGGGAUUUCAGUCUAGGAGUUCCUCUCUCGGUGGAUGUCAGGAAAGGUUCUCAAUACGGGAUCUCCUUAAAUGGUGCAAACGGAUUGCAGGUUUAGGCUUUAGUCUUACAGGAGAUGUUUUGACAGCUUAUCAAUGUCGCUGCAUUUAUCAAGAGGCUUUAGAUAUUUUUGCUGCAUUUUCUGCAUCAACGGAGACUAGGUUGAUUAUAAUGAAAGAGAUAGCAAAGGUGUGGGCUAUUCCACCCUCUGAGACAGGAGUUCCUCAUCCCUAUAAUCCUGAAAUUCAGGAUCUUCUUGCAGAACUAAGAAUCGGACGAGUCACUGUUCAGCGUACGGAAAUAGCGUUGCAUGGCCUGGAGAAAAUUGUAAAGAUGCGUAGCUCCCUGCAAUUACUUGAAAGAAUAUCUUGCUCUGUUAAGUACAAUGAACCUGUUCUCUUGGUCGGUGAAACUGGAACUGGGAAGACCACACUUGUACAGAAUCUGGCGACAAUACUUGGUCAGAAGAUUACUAUUUUGAAUUUGAGUCAACAGAGCGAUGUUGCUGAUUUAUUGGGAGGUUUUAAGCCGCUAGAUCCACGAUCUAUCUGUGUUCUCAUUUAUAAGGAGUUUGAGAGUCUCUUUUCCAAAAUAUUCUCUGUGAAGGAAAAUGAGAAACUUUUUGGCUACUUACAAAAGCAACUGACAAAAAAGAACUGGACUAUGUUGUUGACUGCAUUGAAGAAGUGUGUAGAUAAGUUCCAAAAGAAAUUACUAGUUGAAAGAUCUGAAUUAGGGAAGAAGCGAAAAAAACCUUUGGAUGAAGAAGAGAUGCUUAAAGCUUGGAACAAAUUUUCUGUGAAACUCGAAACUGCUAUCAGGCAAACAGGGGCUUCUCAUGGAAUGAUAUUUUCAUUUGUAGAGGGUGCCUUUGUUACUGCACUUAGAAAUGGUGAAUGGAUUUUGCUGGAUGAGGUCAAUUUAGCUCCUCCCGAGACCUUGCAGAGAAUUAUUGGUGUUCUGGAAGGAGAUUACGGGUCAUUAUGUUUAGCUGAAAGAGGAGAUAUCAGUCAUAUACCUAGACAUUCUAGUUUCCGCAUAUUUGGCUGUAUGAAUCCUGCGACUGAUGCUGGAAAGCGAGAUUUGCCUUACUCUUUGCGGAGCAGAUUUACAGAGUACUUUGUUGAUGAUGUGUUGGAUAAAGAAGAUUUAAAGUUAUUUAUUAACAAAUUUAUGGAGGAAACUAGAUCUGAUAAUGAACUGGAACAAAGAAUAAUUAACUUCUAUCAAAUGGCCAAAGUGAAAUCUGAGGAAAGGCUGCAAGAUGGGGCUAAUCAAAAACCUCAAUAUAGUUUAAGAUCUUUAUACCGUGCACUUGAGUAUACCAGGGAGGCAAAGGGAAAGUUUAAACUUCAGAAGGCAUUAUAUGAUGGUUUCUGUAUGUUUUUUCUUACUAUGUUGGAUAAACCAAGUGCUAAGGUUAUGAAGGCAAUGAUCAAGACUAAGCUGUUAAAGGGGAUUAAACCUGAACCAAAGUCAUUUGCUGCAUAUCUAAAAGUUGGAACUUCUGAUGGUUUCUUGAAGAAUUAUGUAAUAACAAAGAGUGUUAAGAAGCAACUUGAGAACUUGGCACGUGCUAUUUUUAUCAAAAGGUAUCCUGUUCUUUUGCAAGGGCCUACUUCAAGUGGGAAGACUAGCCUAGUUCAGUAUCUUGCUGCAAUAACUGGUAAUGAGUUCGUGCGAAUUAAUAACCAUGAACAUACCGAUCUGCAGGAAUAUUUAGGAACCUACAUAUCUGAUACUCAUGGGAAGCUCAUAUUUCAGGAAGGUGUACUGGUUAAGGCAGUUCGAAAAGGCUAUUGGAUUGUUUUGGAUGAGUUAAACCUUGCUCCAUCUGAUGUGCUGGAAGCAUUGAACAGGCUGUUAGAUGACAAUAGGGAACUUUUUGUGCCUGAACUGCGUGAAACUAUAAGAGCUCAUCCAAAUUUUAUGCUUUUUGCUACUCAAAAUCCACCUAUCUUUUAUGGUGGGCGUAAAAUACUUUCUCGAGCAUUUCGCAACCGUUUUGUGGAGGUUCAUGUGGAUGAGAUCCCUGAUAAUGAAUUGAGUGAAAUAAUAGAAAAAAGAUGUGAGAUUCCUGCAAGUCGUGCCAAAAUCAUGGUUGAGAUCAUGAAGGAGUUACAGUUGCACAGGCAGAGGAGCAAAGUAUUUGCUGGAAAACACGGAUUCAUAACACCAAGAGACUUGUUUCGAUGGGCCAAUCGUUUGAAAAUCUUUGGGGAUUCUAAAGAAGUUAUGGCAGAACAUGGUUACUAUCUCUUGGCAGACAGACUGCGGGAUGAAGGAGAGAAAGUAGUGGUCCAAGAGGUUUUGGAAAAGCAUCUCCGCGUCCGAAUUGUCAAAAAUAACUUGUACAAGGAUCCCACUGAAAGGGACUUCAAAUCUGUUGAAAGGGAGUCGGAAAUUCUUGGAAACAUCAUCUUGACCAAAAGUAUGAGGAGAUUGUAUUUUCUUGUCAAGCGUUGUUAUGAGUUACGUGAGCCUGUACUGCUUGUUGGUGAAACUGGUGGUGGAAAGACAACUGUAUGUCAGUUAUUGAGUCGUGCAUUGGGUUUAAAGUUGCACAUAUUGAAUUGCCACCAAUACUCAGAAACAUCCGACUUCAUUGGGGGUUUCUAUCCUAUCCGAGAGAGAUCAAGACUGACAUCAGAAUACAACUAUGCAAUAGAGAAGUUGAUGCUGUCCAGGGCUUACGUCCUUUUUCCUGAGUUGAUGGAAAUUUCUUCUGAUAUUGCUCAGGCUUCAUCAACUCUUGAUCAUCUUGCUGCAAUAAUAAAUAGUUACAAGCAAAGUCAGGUUUCAGGUAGUGAUGUAACUAUGGAGGAUCUUGAUGCUCUUGAGGCAAUAAAGUUGAAUCUUCUUCAGCUGUAUCAGAAAUGGAAGACAAUAUUCACAUGGCAAGACGGACCUCUUGUGCAGGCCAUGAAGGCUGGUGAUCUGUUUCUUGUUGAUGAAAUUUCGUUGGCUGAUGAUAGUGUACUAGAAAGAUUAAAUAGUGUCUUGGAGCCGGAAAGAAGACUGUCUUUGGCCGAGAAAGGAGGGUCUAUUAUGGAAGAUAUAACAGCUCAUGAAAACUUUUUAGUGCUUGCAACUAUGAAUCCUGGAGGUGAUUAUGGUAAGAAAGAAUUAUCUCCAGCUCUUCGUAACCGGUUUACCGAGAUUUGGGUUCCUCCUGUUGGCGAUCUAGAUGAACUUAGAGAUAUUGCUUCAAAUAGGUUUUCUAGUCCGCAAUUUUCUUAUAUGGUUGACUAUAUGAUGAAUUUUUGGGAGUGGUUCAACCAAUUACAAGCUGGGAGAACUCUUACCGUGAGAGAUCUUCUAUCUUGGGUUGAGUUUAUUUACGUGACUAAAGAGAAUUUGGGACCUGAUUACGCAUUCUUCCAUGGGCUUUUCCUUGUUUUGCUUGAUGGCCUGUCUUUAGGGACUAGUAUCUCCAAAAAAGAGGCUGGAAUAUUAAGGGAGAACUGCCUAUCUUUUCUUUUAAAGCAACUUGAGCUGAAUGGUAAUGUGCCGAGUAAGAUAUCAACUAUUGAAAAUUAUGGUUGGGGUGAUCAUGGAACAACUACAGAGAUUUCUUGUACUGAUGACAUGCUCUGUGACAAUGUCUUUGGUAUCAGUCCAUUUUAUGUUGAAAAAGGUUAUGGAAUAUGCGAAAGUCGUGGUUUUGAAUUUUUGGCGCCAACCACACGCAGGAAUGCUUUACGAGUAUUGCGUGCUAUGCAGCUAUCAAAACCCGUACUAUUGGAGGGCAGUCCCGGUGUUGGUAAAACAAGUUUGGUUAUUGCGUUGGGGAAGUAUUCUGGGCAUAAGGUUGUACGCAUAAACUUAUCCGAGCAGACCGACUUGAUGGAUUUGCUGGGUUCAGACUUACCUGUUGAUAGCGAUGAAGGAAUGAAAUUUGAAUGGUCUGAUGGAAUAUUGCUGCAGGCUCUGAAGGAUGGCUCUUGGGUUUUGCUGGAUGAACUGAAUCUUGCUCCACAAUCUGUCUUAGAGGGUUUGAAUGCUAUUCUGGAUCACCGUGCUGAGGUCUUCAUUCCAGAGAUCGGCAUUACUUUUAAAUGCCCACCAUCUUUCAGAGUCUUUGCAUGUCAAAAUCCCCUUUCUCAGGGUGGUGGCAGAAAAGGGCUCCCUAGAUCAUUUCUAAAUCGUUUUACCAAGGUGUAUAUAGAUGAGCUAGUUGAAAAUGACUAUUUAUUCAUCUCAAGCUCUCUUUAUCCGUCAAUUCCAAGGCCUAUGCUUUCAAGGUUGAUUUUAUUCAAUAAGAGAUUACAUGAAGACAUUAUGAUAUAUCGCAAGUUUGCACAGGAUGGCUCCCCUUGGGAAUUUAACUUGCGUGAUGUGAUACGCUCAUGUGAGAUCAUUCAAGGUGCACCAGAGACUUUCAAAGUUGAUAGCUUUAUUGAUGUUCUGUAUGUUCAAAGAAUGCGCACUCCUGCUGAUCGCAAGGAAAUUUUACGGCUAUAUGAAGAGGUUUUUGGGGUCAAACUAUUGAUAAACCCUUAUCCACGUGUACAGCUAAACACUAAAUACUUAACUGUGGGGAACACUGCUGUCAGAAGAAACAUUGUGCGGUUGUCUAACCAUAAUAGCACUCAGCUGAAUAUUAUACCUAGCAUUCGCCAUAGUUUGGAGGCUGUUACACAUUGUUUACAGCAUCAGUGGUUGUGCAUCUUAGUUGGUCCUCCAUCUUCUGGGAAGACUUCACUGAUAAGAUUGCUAGCUGAGGUCACUGGCAAUGUACUAAAUGAGCUAAACCUUUCUUCUGCAACUGAUAUAUCUGAAUUACUUGGAUGCUUUGAGCAAUAUGAUGCUUACCGAAAUUUUAGGGCUAUUUAUGCUCAUGUUGAGCGCUAUGUUGCCGAGUAUUGCAGUUCAUUGUUAGAGUUUUCAAGGGUGACAUUCUGUGAAAGAGAGAAUAUAAUUUCCAAAUGGCUUGCUUUCACAUCUAAGAUGGAUUUUAGUUUUUUGUCAACUUUGUCACUUUUGGAAAACUGCCAGAGGUUUGUCAGUUCUCUAAAUUUUAUGGUAGAGAUUCUUGAGCAAGUAAAGCUGGACGUGGUUGACAAUGGCUUACCUGUUUCUUGGUCAAUCAAUGAACUGAGUGGAGCCAUAAACAAAAUUUUGGAGUUGCAAGAUUAUUUACAUAAAAGGCAAUUUUCAGCAAAGUUUGAAUGGGUUGCUGGAGUUCUCAUAAAGGCAAUAGAAAAUGGUGAAUGGGUUAUUCUGGAGAAUGCAAAUCUUUGUAAUCCCACGGUUCUUGAUAGGAUCAAUUCUUUAGUGGAGGCGAGUGGUACAAUCACAAUUAAUGAAUGCGGGACAGUUAAUGGAAGCCCGGUGGUUCUCCAUCCACAUCCCAAUUUUCGAAUGUUCCUCACUGUUAAUCCAAGAUAUGGUGAAGUAUCUCGAGCAAUGCGAAACAGAGGAGUUGAAAUAUUUAUGAUGCCACCUUAUUGGCUGUUUGAAGAGGGAAAAAGUGCAGAAUUUGAAUUGAAGGAUGUGAAAAGAUUUAUUGAGUUAUCUGGUGUUCCUGUUACUAGAUUAGUUGAAGUGAUGGCUAAUGCUCAUGUCUAUGCUAGGAACGAAGCUAUACGCCUCAAUGUUCAUAUUACUUAUCUUGAGCUUGGGCGCUGGAUUAAGUUAUUCCAACAGCUUCUUAUUAAUGGUAACCAACCUUUUUGGAGUCUCCAGAAGAGUUGGGAGCAUACGUAUAUCUCUGCCUUAGGUGAGGGCGUGGGAUGGGAUAUUAUUAGUUAUGCAAAAACUGCUUUCUUAUCGGUAACACCGCAAUCAUAUUUCAAUUUGCCGGAUGAAUUGUCUUUGAAUUUGCCAAUCUUUUUGGAGUUCAAGGAUUUAAUAUUUUACUCAAAGGAAUCUUCUGUUAAACAAAAUUGCAUGUAUCUGGACUACCUUAUAUCUCAAUGCGAAAUCAAAUCAUCUUCAGAUAAAGCUGGUUGGCAGCAAGUUUUUUCCAGCACCAGCUAUGAGGGGGCUUAUUUUAAUUUGAAGAUGAUAGAGCAAUUGAUGUUUCCUAAGGCUGCAAAUAGGCUACUUUCUAGUACAUGUACGGAUGCAGAUUAUGACCUGAAACUGGUUAAAAAGAUGAUACAGUUUACUGCCAACUGGGCUAUUGAGCAGGCUACUGAAAUUGAUUUUAAACUGUAUUUUCUCUGGUUCAGCUGGCUUAGUGUCAAACUAGGACCUGGUCAUUUUUUCUGUUCUUUUGAAAAAAGGCUUCAAGAGGAAUUUGGGCAUUCUAUAUGGAAGUGUAUCUUUCACAGCCACCAUGAGCUUGUUUCCCAUCACCAAAUCGAUCUGAACUUUCGGCCCAUUCCUUUGCUUUCACUCGAGUUGGUUGAUUUAACUCCAACAAGUGACAUGUUAAAGACAUCACAUGAGUUAUUUAAUGCUAUUAAUUGUAUAGGCCUGCUAAGGCUUUCUUAUGAACAAUGGAAUGCUCAAAUCGCACACAUAUAUAGUACUGAAACUCAACGUUUCAAACUGAUCUUUGAGUCUCUGCAAGGAUUGGAGAAAGAAAUCCUUGAUAUGCUGGUCACAUCUCCGUCAUAUGAUGUGCUGCUUACACUAUGCACUCGUCUUCUUGAUGAUCACAUAAUUUUCUGGAAAGCUUUUAUUUCAUCUGAAUUUGAGCACCUGUUUUUCUCGUGGCAUUCCUUGGUGAAGGAUGUUUCGAAAUUGCAAGAUUUCUGUCCAAGAGCUGUUGAAGAUGUUUUGAUGCUGGGAAAGAAGCAUCUGGAUAAAGAAUUUUAUCAAGGAUCACAACGGUCCUUGCUUUGGAUUCAUGGCGGUCAUCCAAUAUUGCCUCCCUCUGCAAAUUUAUAUCACAAACAGAAUCAGCUUUUGGAGUUGUGUGAUUCAAUUUGGCAACCACAUGAAAAACCGUAUAUGCAGGUGGGUGAUUGCUUGACUAAGGGUGUUGCUUCUUAUGUUCCCGAACUUCGCUUCCUUGCAGUUCAAGGUAUUUGCUUGUCAUCACAUAUUAUUAGUAAAUGUGAUGUGGAUCAUGAUACAGCUGUGCAACAGUUAGAGGAGAUGCAACAGAUGCUUUCAGAGAGAUUUGAAUAUGAUAAGCGCAACUUGGAAGCAAAGUUACAGUCGUCUGAGCAUCUUACUGUUGAUGGAAAUUCAGCUUCAUGCUGUGUUUUCUUCCCUGAAGUAUUGUACGCGAAGUCUGGUUUUGUUUGUUGGCAAGAGGCACUCCCUAUAGUCGACAGUGCCAGUUUCUUCUUAGAUAUGGAAUUGCUUCAGAAGCUGUUAACCCUUGUUCUUAUUGAUCCAAAAGAGUUGGAGAUGGCACUUGGAGGUGUAUCAAACCUUAUGAAGUUUGCCUUAAAGUACUCAUUAACCUUGUCAGGAAGACCACCUCAAAAUUUUAUACCACAUCAAAAACUUUUGUGGACACUUGAAGAAUGGGCAUCUAUCGAUUCAGUGAAUGCAAAAAUCUCCAGUUAUGUUCUUGAGAUGUGGUUCUGGUGGCAUUUGUCUUUGUGGAAUCAUUGUCCUAUUUCUGUUGAGGGGUGCUUAAAGGUCGGUGAUUCUGAUAUUCCUGUACCUGCUAUGCUUGCUCAUCCGGUAAAAACAGCAUCUGUUAUCCGUAUCAUGCGAAGUUCCUGUUGUAUUAAGGACUACUCUGCAUAUUUGUUAAAACUUAAACUGGCAUCACACAAUUUCUGGGAAAGUCCUUCAACACAGAAUGACUUGCCUAAAUUUCUGCUCCCUGUUGCUCGUUCUCUCUUCCAACAGAUUGUGCAUGCACACAAACGAGUAUAUGAUGCUGAUAAAUUUGCUGCAAUCAACUCUAUCUUCUGCUGCUUCCAGAAGAACAGGAUUACGCUAGAUGAGCUGCAAAACUUGUCCUUGCUCAUUACAUCUUCAAGUGAUCAAAUAUUGAACUCCAUGAUGUAUCCGUUGGUUGAGCCACUACUUAGAGAUCUUUAUCUUAACUGCUCAUCGACCAAUUUCUAUUUGAAUACCGGUCAUGCAUGGUUACGGAUUGGGGAAUUGCGCUUCAGUCUUUUGCUUGGCUGUCAUGAUAUCGAUCCUGCUCUCAAGUACUCUUUCAAGCAUUCUCAAAUUGAAGAAAGGAUUUCGUUACUCGAGCUUGAAAUUAAGGUGCGACAAGAAUGUGAUUAUUUAGCAGGAUGGUCUUCAUCGAGAAAGGCUGAUAAGAAGAGAAUUGAAGCAUUACAGAUGCUCGAAAUAGAGCGAAAAAGGCUUCAAAAAAAGAUGGUGUUCCGCAGCAACUCAUCAAAAUUUAAUGCACUUAGAAAUGAUUGUAAGGAGUUUCUUAAACGUAUAACGGUUGUUAUGAAAUUAGUUAAUAACACUGAAGUUGCGGAAAUACCAGAUGUUCUUGUUCAAGUGUGCGACUGGCAGAAAACUGCGACCUGUUUUAUUGAGCAAUUAUCAAAUGAUUACAAGGAAUACAUUGAUGUUGUUCAACCAGUUCAGGUUGCAGUGUAUGAGAUGAAAUUAGGCUUAUCACUAAUGCUUUCUGGUGUCAUGUGGGAAAAAAAUUCAAACAAGGUUGGGGUGUACAGUAUGGAGCAAGUCACGGAAACGAUUGGGUCAUUGAUGAGAUUCCCAAGGGGAUACGCGCUAAAAUCAAAUUCUUCAAAUGACAUACAUAGUCCUUUAAGUUUCUUGGAACAAGAAGCAAAUUUUCUGGAGAAGCUGGUUUCCCUUUCAAGUGAUCAUGAUGCUGAAAGAGGGGCAUCUAUCUUGAAACUCAAAAUAUCUCUUCAUCUGAAUAUUCUUGUCCGUGUCUCACAUUUUGUGGCUGAUUCAAAAAGGAUUGAUCGUACAGCUUUCAAGUUACUGGAUAAGUUGUUUAGUGAAUUUGCACGCUUGUGGAUGAACAUGAAGAUUCAAGUGAAAAGCAAAGAAGGCUGCGAUGCUCAAGAAUACAAAUUUAGGCCUCGGGCCUUUGAGAUUAAGCAUGUUAUUGAUGUUGAUAUAUCAACUUUUGGCAAGUUCCUUUCAGAUGAAAAUUCGUCAGAAUGGCUAGAGUUGCUUUCUGCAGAUGAAUGUUUGGAGAAGGUGGAGGCUGAUAGAGAGAAUGAAAAUUUGGAAGAAGAGUGGAAUCUUAUGGAAGAAGCAUUCAUGAAUGACAUGAUCCAGAUACACAAUCAACUAUUUGGAUCUAUUAAUCUCGUCUCAUUUCCUGGUACUUUCUGCGUCUCUGAUGCUGAUAGGCUGCGCUCGUUCAUCAACUCUUACUCAUUGGGAGCAGGAAUAAUUAGAGGUUUAGGAGGUCCGAUUUGUUCUAGUUUGGAUGCGGAACUAGUGCCAGAGCAUAUGCUCCGUCUUUGUUUGGAGCAUGAAAAGAUAUCUGUUUCAUCCCAUAAUGCGUCUUCAAGUUAUAACUUUUAUAAGGACUCGAAUGCUUCUGAGAUGUCUAAAAUGGUGAAAUUACUUGUCACUCUUCAGCAGAGAAGUGCCAGUCUUCUGAAUGAAUGGGAAGAUCACCCUGGUCUCCAAAAAGUCAUCGAUGCAAUUGAAGUGCUCUUGGCUAUUCCUAUGAGUACACCUCUAGGCAAGGCUCUUCUGGGACUGCGCUUGCUACUCAACAGGGCUAGAGUAUUAGGAGAAACUGGAGUGAAAUUCUCUCCCUCUGAUCAACUGGAACCUAUUAUUGCUCUUGUGCGUUCAUGGCAAAAGAUGGAAUAUGACUCUUGGCCUGCAUUACUCAAUGAGGUUCAGGAUCAAUAUGAGUUGAAUGCUGCAAAGUUGUGGUUUCCCUUAUUUUCAGUUUUACACAAUAGCCAUGCUACUGAAGUGCAUGGACAUGAGCAGUCUACAAUAGAAAGUUUGGAGGAUUUUAUCAACACUUCCAGCAUUGGAGAAUUUAGAAAACGUCUGCAGCUUCUUUUUGCUUUCCUUGGUCAAAUGACUGCUGGUAGUCGCUUAAAAGGGGAAAAUGGCACAAGUUUUGGGCAGGAUAAAAAUAUGGGGAGUUUUUCCUCUGAAGAAAGAUAUAUGCAGAUCUUGUAUAAUAUUUUUGGGUACUAUGUUCAAUUUUUGCCAAGAAUCUUAGAGAACAUUGGAGCUUAUAGACGAGAUAUUGAGAUGGAACUGAAAGAACAUCUAAAGCUAUGCCAUUGGGAACGAGUUGAGGUUUGUUUGGCUGCUGAGAACUCAAAAAAGAACCGCCAGAAGCUCAGGAAGUUAAUCCAAAAGUACACUGAUGUACUGCAACAACCUGUAAUGCUUAUUCUAAACCAAGAAGCUGUACAGAAAGGAAUAGCAAUCAAGUCUCUGCAAGGUCCAAGUCCCCUCAAUGAUACCUUAGGGACAAAUGUUGGUUUGUUGAAUGUUGUUCUAGAUCAUUACUGCAAGAGAGACAGGCUCUCAUGGUUUUGCGAUUGGAGGGGAAAAGUAAGUGAUACAUUGCAGAAGCUAUAUGUUGACAGGACUUCUGAAUUAUGCUCUAUUGGCAAAGAAGACGUUGAGAAUAUUAUGCAGCAAUGUGGAACUGUCAAUUCUGCAUGUUUAUCGCAAUUGGAGUGGUCAUAUGCUGCUAUUCAACAGACACUUGAAAAAAUAGGCAGAGCUACAAUUGAUUGCGAUUACCUCUGGAAGGAUAUGGAAAGGAGUGUACGGAAGAAGUUGGUCUUUACUGAACUCUUAAAGCUGCUGGAAAGCAGCGGGUUGCAAAAACACAAAUUUGAAAUUAUGAAUUUAUCCAACAGCUCCAACUGGUUGCUCGUCCAGCCAUCAUAUGAUGCGGAACAUCUGUUGCUGACUUCAAGUAGGCUGUCUCAUAAAGCUUCUGUUGCUAGUGAAUUUCCUUGUCAGCCUGAUGAGAAUACAGAUACUGAUUGGAAAACAGUGAAUGAGUUUUAUUUUAAAAGUACUGCAUCAGUGCAACUUCUGCAGCGUGUAUGUCUGAAACCCCAUCAAGAUAUUACUCAUGAGCAGGCUAGCAGGUCACUUUCUUUUCUGAACCAUUUGAUAGAAAUACAACAGAGUCAACGUGCUGCUGCCUAUGAUUUUGCUGAGCGUUUGAAGUGCUUGCGGGAAUGUUUAUCUGCUUUGAAAAAUCUGUAUUUAAUGUGCGCUGCUGGGGACAAUAAAACAGGAAGUCUUUGCUCUAUUUCACCUAAUCAGAGCACCAUUUUUAGAUGCAUGUGGAAACAGAAGCAACUGUUCGAUAGUUUGGUGGCCAUGUUGGUUGAGGAAUCAUUGUUGCUAAAAACAGUAGGAGACGGUCAUUCUAAGUCUUGUCAAGAUAUCAAGCUUGUAACGAAUCAUGUACUUCAAUUCAUUGAAAAUUUUAUUCCACUCAUGCGGGAAGCCAAGGUAUCACUGGAUGAUUAUCUUGUUAGUGGAGUUGGGGUGAUGCAAACUCUUAAACAAGAAGCAUCAGAUAAAGAUAUUCUAGGCUGCGUUGAGACUCUUUCUGCUGGUCAUAUGCGUCCAUAUGUCAUUUCAAGACAGAUGGAAGAAUUGGUUUAUAAAAAUUUUCAAGUCCUUAAGCAAUUUGAGGAGGAUCUCGUUGACUUCCAGAAGCAAGAUUUUAAGAGAGGUUCAGUGGUUGAGAAACUGCUUCAUUGUUUUGAUGAUGUAUUUGAGAAGGGUAAGCUGUUGGCUGAAGAGCUUGAGUUUUCUCUUAAGGGGAAUUCAUUAAAUGAAUCAACAAACAUAUUGAAUAAGUCCAACUGCUGCCACGAAACAACUUUCGAGCUUGAUGCUGUGUUUGAUGAAGCCUUCAAAAACACUUUUGGGGUUAUCAUGAAUGUGCUGAAAAAGCAGUGUUUAUUGAGCAGUGAAUCUUCUCUUUCUGAAGACUUCUUGGAGAAUAUUACCUCAUGGGAGUUUGUCUUUAAGUCAUCGGUGGAGAAUUUACAUGUAGAAGAGUUGUAUGAUAGUCUUCUCAAAAUGAUGUGUAGUGCAGGAAAAAUUAUAACUUGUUCUGAAUUUGAUGCUUCACCUCUUGCUUUCCAAAUUGGAGCACGUUUUGAGUAUCUACAUGCACUUUCAUACCUGAUCUUGACUUUUGGUGAUGAUGUACUUCAAGAUCUUUUAGCACAGCAUAAAACGGUAUCAGUAAUGACUCAUGUUCUUGCGAAUGUUCUAGCUUCUUUUUUCUCCAAAGGGUUUGGUAUUUCUGCCAAAGAAGAGGGAGAUGAUGCUGGUCAUGAUAAACCUCAAGAUGCUACUGGAACUGGCAUGGGUGAAGGCUCAGGAGUUAAUGAUGUCAGUGAACAGAUAACUGACGAAGAUCAACUUCUUGGAACUUCUGACAAGCCAAAUGAUGAACAAGAUGCCUCUGGUGAAGCUCCAAGUAAAGAAGACAAGGGUAUUGAGAUGGAGCAGGAUUUUACUGCUGAUACAUAUAGUGUUAGUCAGAACUCUGAGGAAGAGAAUGAUGAAGACAGUGAUGAUGGACAACUGGAGUCUGCAAUGGGGGAAACUGGACCUGAUGGUGAAGCUAUUGAUGAGAAACUUUGGGAUAAGGAGGAAGAUGAAACUCCAAAUAGCAAAAAUGAGGGGCUUGAAUCUGGACCCUCAGCUAUGGACACAGACACAAGCAGUCGGGAGCUUAGAGCCAAGGAGGAUUCUGCUGUUGCUGAAGAGCUGGGAGACGUCAAUGCUGCGAAACCUGAUAAACAACAUGAAGAGGCUGGAAACCAAGAUGACAUUGGUGACGGAGAAGAAAGCAUGGAUGACAUGCACAUGGACAAGGAAGAAUCAGUAGCUGAUCCAACUGGAUUACAGCUUGAUGAACUUAAAGAAAAAUCUGAGGACAUAAAUGAGGACGAUGCCAUAGAUGGAAAUAGUGAGUCAGAUUCCAUAGAAGAAGUUGAUCCUCAGGAUGACAUGGACUUCACUGAGAAUGGGAAAAAUGACGACUCCACUGAGAAGGAGAAUGUUGACGAGCCGGCAGAGGAUGAGAACGUUGACAAGCCUGCAGAGAAUGGGGAGGAUGCCAAAGAAGAUGGAAAUCCUGUUGAUGACAUAAUGGAUGCGGCAGAUGCUGAACAGGCUGAUGGACCUUCUGAAACAAAUGAUCCUGGUGAGGAUAGUAAAGAAAAAGUGGAGAUGAAUACAAUGGCAUCAAGGCAGGAUGUGUUCGGUCAUGGAUUUCCUGACGUAGUCAAUAAUCAUGUCUCAAAUACAGUAUCUGCAACACUACCAAAUGGUGACUCACAGGUAUCAGAUUCGAGAAACAUUGCACCAGAAGAAAAAAUGUCCAAUACCAGUGAAGCAUACAAUGACAUUGCAUCUAUGAAAAGCUUACCGUUCGGUUCUAUGCCUGAGAUGGACUUAAAGGUCUAUGACCAGUCAAGUGAUGGAAAAUUCACUGAUCAACCAAAACCCAAAAUGCCUGAAAUGGAACCUUCCUCUGUUCAGAAAUCUCGACCAAAUCCUUAUAGGAAUGUUGGUGAUGCACUUGAGGAGUGGAAAGAAAGGGUCAAAGUUACUGUUGACCUUCAAGCAGACAACACAGAGGCAACAGGUGAGCUGGAGGAUAGGGAUGCUGAUGAAUAUGGAUAUGUUCCCGAGUCUGAAUUAGGAACAGCUCAAGCACUGGGUCCUGCUACUUCUGAGCAGGUUGACCCCAAUAUUAGUAAUAAAUCAAAAGAUGAUAAUUCAGCAGCUCUGAGAGAUGACAUAACUGAGAUGGAGAUUGAUAAGCAAGUUUCUGAAGAAUGGCAUCAGAAAAUCCAUGGCUCAGUUGUCACUAAUAGGACAGAGGAGCAAAUGCAGAUCCCUGAUCCUGAAAAUCCAUACAAAAAGGGAUCCCCAGAGAGUAAUGGGCAUGAUGAUGGUAGUCCUGGAAUUCUUUCGCAGAGUUUAGUCUCUGUCAGGAAGGCUGUCUUAAAUGAGGACUUGUACCAACUCAGCAAACUUUCUGUGGAUGACAAUCAGCUGGGAAGUAUCCAAGAUUCUGGAGAAUGUUCCAAUGAUAUAAAUCAAGAUGCGACUGCCAUUUGGAGAAAAUAUGAAUUUCUCACGAAAAGGUUGUCCCAGGAGUUAGCUGAACAAUUGCGUCUUGUUUUGGAACCUACCCGAGCGAGCAAGCUUCAAGGGGAUUACAAGUCUGGCAAGAGAAUAAACAUGAAGAGGGUAAUUGCUUACAUAGCAAGUCAGUUCCGGAAAGAUAAGAUAUGGCUGCGGCGCACCCAACCUAACAAACGAGACUACCAAGUUGUCAUCGCUGUGGAUGACUCCCGAAGCAUGUCAGAAAGUUGUUGUGGGGAUGUUGCUAUUGAAUCUUUGGUGACUGUAUGUAGCGCCAUGUCUCAACUCGAAAUGGGAAGUUUGGCUGUUGCAAGUUUCGGUAAGAAGGGGAACAUAAGGUUACUGCACGAUUUUGAUCAACCGUUUAAUGGAGAGGAGUCUGGGGUGAAGAUAAUCUCCAGUUUAACAUUCAGCCAAGAGAAUACCAUUGCUGAUGAACCAGUGGCUGAUCUCUUAACGUAUCUGAAGAACAUGCUUGAUGCUGCAGUUAUGAAUGCACGACUGCCAUCCGGACAGAACCCACUACAACAGCUUGUUUUAAUAAUUGCCGAUGGCAGAUUCCAUGAGAAGGAGAAAUUGAAGCAUUGUGUGAGAGAUUUCUUAAGCCAGAAACGAAUGGUUGCAUUUCUGCUUCUGGACAGCCCGCAGGAAUCAAUCAUGGAUCAAAUGGAAGCAUCAUUUGUGGGUGAAGGUGACAAAAAAACACUCAAGUUCGCAAAAUACCUCGAUUCCUUUCCAUUCCCGUACUAUAUUGUAUUGAGGAAUAUACAGGAGCUUCCAAGGACCCUUGCUGAUUUACUGAGACAGUGGUUUGAGCUUAUGCAGUAUACAAGAGAAUGAAUCUCAUUUGGUUAGGAGAGCACGUUGCGCCCUUCAUUGUAAGAGCCUAAUUUUGGAGGAAUCUUUGGAAAUAAUUUUCCGAUGAAAAAAAUGUCUUUGAAUGAGAUGGCUAUCCUGCCGAGAAUGCUGGCUAGUAGCCCAAAUUUUGCACAACUUGUAUAAUAUUAGAGCAAUAGAUUUAGAAAUGGAGGGAAAAAGAAAAGCAAUGUGUAGAUUGACAUGCUGUACAAAAAUUCACAAGAUACAAUAUAUAGCAGGUUCAUUUGAAAUGUCUAUUACUUAUGUUAGUUAUAUUAUAAGCCUGCCCAAUUCCUGAAUUGUACAGAUGAGAUCCAGAACAUGAAAAUUCAGCAAAUGAUACCUACUACUAAUUUUCGCGCAUCGUA